AUGCACCUCGUCGACCCCACGGCCGCGUACAAGGCCCCCGGCGCGUACCUCAAGGUGUGCAUCCUCCGCAUCGCCAUGAUUGCGUUCUGCUGCGUCGUCGCCGUUAUCUGGAAGGACCACCUCGGCGCGCUCAUGGACUUUGUCGGUGCGUCGACGUCGACGAUCGUCAACCAGAUUCUGCCGCUCACGUUCUACCUCAAGACGUUCUGGCCGACCGUGUCGCUUCCGACCAAGUUGAUCUCGAUGUUCAUCAUGAUCAUCUCGGCCUGCCUCGGCGUGUACGUCUCGAUCAACACGGGCAAGGAGCUCUUCUCGCCGGCGGUCGUCGACCCCAAGAUCCUCUUCCCGCUCUGCCCGGCCAAGUUCCAGGAAGUCGUCUUCACCAACACGACCUUCUACAAGUACUAG